CUUCCCCACUUGGGACUCAGACCUAGAGCAGCACACACAGAAACACAACCACCCACUGUAUUCAGAUUAGACUGAGAGAAGACAAAGAACCUCUACAUCACACAGAAAGGAAGACAAAAGGCUGUCCAGUAUCACUCAGACCCACAGACAAACCAACGGCAAUCGGAUCUAAGAUGGUGUCGGCUGGGCUACAGAUGCUGGGCACUGCCCUGGGGAUCAUAGGCUGGAUUGGGACCAUCAUUGUUUGUGCCAUGCCMAUGUGGAGGGUUACCGCCUUCAUCGGCAGUAACAUAGUCACCUCGCAGACCUCCUGGGAAGGUAUCUGGAUGARCUGCGUGGUCCAGAGCACGGGCCAGAUGCAGUGUAAGGUCUACGACUCCAUGCUGGCCUUGAGCUCUGACCUACAGGCCGCCAGAGCUCUGACCAUCAUUGCCAUCCUCGCCGGCAUUAUUGCCAUUCUGCUGGCCGUAGCCGGGGGCAAGUGCACCAACUGUGUGGAYAACGAGGCGGCCAAGGCUAAAGUGGGUGUGGCAUCCGGGGURGUGUUCAUCAUUGCCGGAGUUCUGUGCCUGAUCCCUGUCUGCUGGACGGCCCACAGCAUCAUCCAGGACUUCUACAACCCRCUCCUGGUAAGCKCUCAGAAGAGGGAGCUAGGGGGGGCGCUCUACGUGGGCUGGGGGGCCGCUGCCCUGCUGCUGAUUGGAGGGGGUUUGCUCUGCUGCAACUGCCCCGAGAAGGAUGAGGGUUCCUACACCGCCAGGUACAACAAGGCUCCUCGCUCCGAGACCUCAGCAACGACCACUGGAAAGGACUUUGUCUGAGUGAGGAAGAGAGAGAAGAGAGGGAGGGAGUGAAGAAAGGGAGAGAAGUCUGUUUGCCAUGAGAGACUGUCUGAUCCAGCUGUGUAUAUAUGUAUUCUGAGUCACUAUGGUGCUUCUGUAUUACGAAGGUUUGAGGACAAUAUUUAACGGUGAUGAGCGAACCACAGUGACUAAAGAUUCCAUGUAACUUAACAUUGAAAGAGAACCAAACCCAAAGAGGAACUGAAUUCCUUUAAACCAA